AUGAAGUCUGUAAAAAUUCGGAGGAUUCGUAUAGGUCCUCUUAUCUUGGAAUAUUCAGACGGUUUCUCGAUUAACAUAUUUAUUCAAAAACGAAAUAGAAUCAUCACUUCCAACCCUGAAAAGUCAAAAACCACAACUAAAAAAAGAAGAACCAUCUCGAAUGAAUCGAUCCUUUCCAAGGGAUCGGUCAAGUCCAUAACUCCAAGAAGAAGUAAAGCCGGUUUUCUCGUUCAACAAUAUAAGCAGUACAUUCGGUGCAAGAAAAGUGACAACGAUCCCCCUACUGUACUUUUAGCCUGGAAAGAAUUAAACCUUGCCAUGAGGCCUCUAUUUCCUCAACAUCGUACCAACACAAGCGAUGCGGACAGUUGGAGAAAGCAAAUUGUCGUAGAGGAAUUGAAUUUGCUUCUAUUAAGGUGUAUAAGUGCGUGUGAAGCAAUUCGCGAUUUUGAUGAUCUUAUUGAAACAGCUCGUGUAAGUUUGACAGUGGAUAUUUCCUUGAUGAAUGGAAUUAGGAAGCAAUUGCAUGGAACCAUUGAACUUAUAGAAGAGUGGAGAAUGUUUUACUCGGAAUCUCUCCCGUAUAUAGAAGCCACCUUUUUACCGAUCACGUUUGAGAGAAUUGAAAUUGCACAGUUGUUCGAAGAGCCGAUGAAGAGCUACUGGCUGAAAAAAUCAGAACAAAUUGAUGUGAAAGUCCUUUGCUUGUGGGCUUUUCGAACAUUUGUAGUUAUUCCCAAAUUGAAGAAAAUAAGCAAUGCUGCUACCGAUUUCCCAAAACUAGAGAAUUCUCAACGAGUAUCACUUUUACAAAUGAUUUCAAUCAUUUUUCUGGUUAAACCAAUUGAGGAAUGCGAUAUUAUUUUGUUGAAUUGGCUUCGCUCUCUCGUCUUAAACCAAACAAUUGAGGACCCUAUAUCAUGUAUAUAA